UAAAUAAGAGGGUUUAUAGUACCCCUAUAAACAUUCUAUCGAUUUCUCCAUAAGUAAAUUUUUCUACGGCCGGUGAAACUGGAUAAAAUCGCUGUUUGAUCGGUGUAGAUGUUCCCAUGUUCCCGCGAUAGAUAUUAUUAAAAAAAAUUAGAUAAAAUUUAAAAAUUGUUCAAAAGGAUGGGAGUGAUCGGUUCGGCGGCUUUAGGGCGGUAGAGUGGGAGUGGCAAGAAGUUUUUUGCAAAUCGAUAGAAAUUUAAGCGACUAAUAAAAUUCUAAGAAAUGUCCAACAAUAUUUUAAUAAUGUGGGCGUGGCAGUUUUAGGGCUUUACAGUGGGCGUGGCAAACUUGUUGUUCUUGCAAAUCGAUAGAAAUUUACAAGACUUAUAAUUACAAAAAUACAUCCUAAGACAACAAAAUUGAAGAAGUAAUUAAAUGAAGAGGGUAUAGAAGAUAAGAAGAAGACGAAUUACAAAUAGGUCGCAGUAUGUUAAAUCGUUUGUCAUCAUGCUUUUGUCCAGUUGGCAUGAUUCUUGAGAAAAUUUGGAAGUCGAAGAAGAAACACAAGACGAGUAUAAAAUAGAAAACAAUUUGACUAUUUUUUGAAAAAGUUCGGACUUAAAAGGCAACUGACGGCUACUCACACGCCGCAGAAAAAUGGUAUUGCUGAGCGAGCAAAUCGCACAUUAAUAGAAAUGGCAAAAAGACUCCUAAUUCACGCAAAUUUACUGGAAUUUCUGUGUGCUGAAGCUGCGCAAACCGCUUAUUUGCGUAAUAGAUUUCCAACUAAAGAUCUCAAUGGAGGGACUCCCUUUGAGUUAUGGAAUGGGCGAAGGCCAUCUGUAAAGCAUCUUUUCACCUUUGGAUCACGUGUUUUUGCACUGUAUAAACCAAAGAAGAGGCAGUUUCAGGCAAAAGGAAUCGAGUAUGUGUUUGAUGGAUAUUCACACGAGAAAAAAAGUAUCGUCUCUACGAUCCCGAAAAACGGUCAAUAAUGGUACGUCAUGACGUAAAACUUUUAGAUGGUGAGUUUAAGUCAGCUGCACAGAACUCAAUAAUUGAUUUAGCGACAUAAUAAUUGAUUUAUAUGCAAAAGGCCAUCUAUGGCUUAAAACAAUAUGGAGUAUCCUGGAAUAAUGCACUGGAUGAGGUUUUAAAAGGUCUAGAUAUCAAAAGAUGUGCCUUUACGUACAUCUCACAGAGCAGAAGGACAUUGCUGUUUACGUAGACGACUUAAUUAUCAUUUAUCCUACCGAGAGAGACAUAAAAAGAAAAAUUGCUGAAAAGUUCAAGACACAUGAUAGCGGACCCUAAAAUAUUGAAUUGAAGUUAAGCGAGCUGGUGAACGAAGACAUGUAACAAUGUCCUUAUUAGCCAACUAUGGGAUGCAGAACUGUCGAUCUGCGCCCACGCUAGUUGCGCCAAGAUCGAUAACGUUACCAAAGGGGGAAAUCGCCCUGGAGGAGAUAAGCACUGCAAGAGAUCUUAGUCAUCAGCUUUGGGACCAAGGUUGGAGCAACAGUCUUUCGCUUGGACUUGGCCCCACAACCAGUGAAGUGUUAAACGCCUUUUCAGUGGCUAAGCUGGCCUCUGCUAAUGUUUUUAUUGCGCAGAAACAACUAGAGACUGCAAAGGAAAAUGUGUUAAAUCAACAAAGAAUAGCCACUGAAAAGCAAACACAAGCUUUAAUAUUGAAACAAAAGUCUCAAGCAGCGUCUGCUAUAUACCACUCUGAGGCUAUUGAACGACGUCUUGCAGCAUCCAAGUCAGCGGUGGCACGUGCAGCUGCUAAUUUUGCUGCGGCUGAAAUUAAAAAAACUAAAAAUGAAGCUGCCAAGCUUGGCCACAUUACUCGAAAUGGUCAGCACGUUUUAUCCUUAUCGCCAGAAAGAAAUCAUUUAUCUAUAUCGUAUCUACAACCGGUUCACUUCAGUUCAUGGCUUAAUGGUCAGAGUCAUUUUCCUUAAAAGCUAUAAAAUAAACAAAACAUAUAUUGAAAUAAUCAAUAUAUCUCAUUUAGUUAUUUAAUGUAAAAGAUAUUCAUCCAUCAUCCAUAUAAAUCCAUCGGCAACUGACGCGUAUAUACCUUUGCAGUAAAUAUAUAAAAACAAUGAGAUUAACAAAUAACAUUAUUAUACAACAUUAUUCUAUGAUGGGUCUAGUCACAAGGUCCAAAGUUCAGCUAAGUACCCUUGCUCUCUUGAAAGCAAGCAGACACUAUCUGCUCUUCUGUUGUCUUGCUAUAUUCCCUCCGUCUCACCAUCGCUCUCAAAAUUCUCUCUUCAAUUGCACAAAACUCUCUGUUAAGCUAAUAUGCUUUUUUUAUUGGCAAUUUUAAGCAAUGAAAAGACGAGGGUUAUGUACCGAUUUUUAACGAUAUGUUUUAUUGGGUUUACGAUUUGGAAAAUGGCAAGGCAUACAAUAAUAUUAAAAGAUAUUGAAAGAUCCCUUUCAUUAAAUUUUGCCCGAGAUUUUUUUGGGUUGUUUGGGGCGGUAGAGUGGGCGUAGCUACAUCAGGAAAUAAACUAAUAAAUAAAUAAAGAAUUAUUUUUACAAAAAAAGUUUCAAAUCACUCUGAUAUUCUAUAGGAAUGCUAGAGUCGACUUCUCCGACUUUCUGUUAGUCAGCGAACGCCGAUAUUAUCUAUUGGCGAAAAAAAUGAGAAACAAAUUUAAAAGUGUGGGCAUAGUAGUUCUGGGAGGUUUGUAGGCGUAAGAGUGGGCGUACAAAAAGUAUUUUUUGGAAAUCGAUAUAAAUUUACAAGACUAAUAAAAAUGAGACAAAAUAAAAAAAUAACACAUUUUAGAAUGGGCGAAAUGGGCCAAUAAACCCUGCUGGUUGCAGGGUGUAUUUA